UCCAAUGUCCCAAGGUAAUUCUGCAGGUUCAGAAAAAAGACUUACAUUACUGGUACUAAUACGUGACAAACUUACCACAUAUACUACGCCCAACUUGAAAUACUUCCAAAGUUGAUGAGUGCAGUUGUUUGAUUUUGAUUUCAAUGGGGGAAGAAAUGGAGCAACUUGUAAACAUGGGUUUUCCCGACGAACUGGCCGCUCAAGCCUUAGCAGCCACCGGCGGCAAGUCCACUCUCAAAGCCACUGAAUGGAUUCUCAAUCAUAAAUCCUCUUCUCCUUCCCCUAAACCUAAUCUCACCAUUUCUUCUAACCCUAAUCUCCAGCCCAAACUCGACCGCUUCUUCCAUUUCCACCCCCGCCCACCUCCCCCCUCCGCCCCCAAACACCCCGUUGACGAUAACCCUACCCCUUCCAAGCGUCCGAAACUCCAACCGCCCCCGGAUGAGCCUUUGUCGGAGCGGAUGCGACCUCGAACCAUUGAUGAUGUGGUUGGGCAAGAUCAUCUACUAGCGAAGAAUUCGAUCCUUCGUUCAUCUCUGGAUUGCAAUCGGUUGCCUUCGAUUGUCCUUUGGGGUCCGCCUGGUACAGGUAAGACCUCCAUUGCCAAAGCUAUUGUUGGUUCUACUUCUUCUUUCUCUCAGUCUUUUCGAUUUGUGUCUUUGUCUGCUGUUACUUCCGGCGUCAAGGACGUUAGGGAUGCUGUUGAGGAAGCUAGAAAAAUUAGAAUCAAGAAUAAUAAGAGGACUGUUUUGUUUUUGGAUGAGGUUCACAGGUUCAACAAAUCCCAACAGGAUUCCUUUUUGCCUGUCAUUGAAGAUGGAAGCAUCAUCUUCUUGGGUGCUACUACAGAGAAUCCUUCUUUCCAUUUGAUCACUCCAUUGUUGUCCAGAUCUAGAGUUCUUACUCUUAACCCUUUGAAACCCCACCAUGUUGCUUUAAUUUUGAAACGAGCUGUGGAUGAUUCUGAUAAGGGAUUAGCUCGAACUGUUUCCAUGGGUGUUCAAAUUGGGGAGGAUGCUAUUGAUUUCAUAGCGGCUCAUUGUGAUGGCGAUGCUAGGACUGCUUUGAAUGCUUUGGAGAUCUCUGCUAUCACUGCUGCAGCUCGAUCCAACUCCGCUCAAAUCGACGAUCGCAAUGUAGAAGACCCCGAUGGGAAUACUACCAAUGUCGAAUCGUCUGUAGCUGUUGUUACUCUUGAUGAUGUAAAGGAGGCACUUCAAUGCAAGCAUCUUGCUUAUGAUAAAGCUGGGGAAGAACACUACAAUCUCAUAAGUGCACUUCACAAAUCCAUGAGAGGAAGUGAUGCAGAUGCUUCAAUUUACUGGUUGGCAAGAAUGUUGGAAGGUGGAGAACAGCCAUUGUAUAUAGCUAGGAGACUUGUAAGGUUUGCAAGCGAAGACGUCGGGUUAGCGGACCCAUUAGCUCUCAAUCAAGCUGUUUCUUGCUAUCAAGCUUGCCACUUCAUAGGCAUGCCUGAGUGCAAUGUCAUUCUAGCUCAAUGCGUCGCGUAUUUAGCACUUGCGCCGAAGUCAAUUGCGGUGUAUCGAGCAAUGGGAGCUGCAGAGAAGGUAGUGAGGGAAUCUGUUGGACAGAAUGAGGGUGUGCCUCUACAUUUGAGGAAUGCUCCAACAAAGUUGAUGAAGGAAAUUGGAUAUGGGAAGGGAUAUAUUUACACUCCAGAUAAUCCAUCAGCAACACAAAGCUUUCUUCCACCUUCUCUAAAAGGAUACAAAUUUCUUAACUGGCCAGACUCGGAAGAUACAAAAAAAUGAUCAAAUUUGGAGUAGUUAACUCUAACUUCGGUGAAUACUGUUUUUUGGGGGCUUUACCUUUUUGUUCUUCUUGUGGAGUUGAAUGAACAUUUUGGUGGCUUUUGUUUUUGCCAUAUUUUUAUGGCAAGUGCUUAUCAUUAUAUGAAGGGUGAUGUUUGUAUGUAGUGAUGAAUUUUGUGCCCCAUUUUGUCUUCUAAUGCCACCUUUUUCUUCUCCCUC